AUGGCUGCGGCGCGCUCCGAGCUUGAGCGGCUGUGUCGCAACUUGGAGGAGCAGCGGCUGUCUGCUUCCCCUCGCAGGUUCAUCGCGGCUGCUGCCAUUGUCGCUGACAUUGCCGCGUACACUCGGACACUCACCACCCCGCCCGAGCUCGCACUUGCUGCGUCCAUCUUGCUUGGGUCCGAUCAGGGGGUUCUCUCCUUCCUUCGGCAACUUGGACUGGAGCUGUAUGAAGAAUGUAAGGUGGCUGCGUUGGAGUUCCUGGCGGGGUUCAUUCAGCGCUUGCCAGCGGAUCGCCUGACACCAUAUGCUGUCAGGAUCAAGGACACCUGCCUCACGUGCUUCCGCGACAAGCGAGCAAAGGUCAAGUCCCUCUCCUUCAAGCCACUCAUCGCGCUGUUCAGCCAUGAGCAGCUGUUUACGGAUGAGAACCGGGGCCAGCUUUUGCGCGAGCUCAAGGCAGACGACCUCCUCAAGAAGUACCUGGAUCCAUUCCACUCGUCUGCGUCGAAGCUGACACAAACAGUGAAACGGGACAUGCUGCAUGCCAUCGGGCUCAUCAUCUCCCUCUCCCCGGCUUUUGCCGCGUCCAGCCUCUCAACAAGCGUCCUCAACGUCUACCUCUCCGAACUGCGCAAACAGAUGACGGGCACGAAAGCGCCGGAGUUGCCGACGGUUGAGGGCUGCUUCCGUGGUCUCACCGCAUACCUCAAGACCAACCCCGUCUCAUGCGAUCCAAGUGCGCGCCAGGCAACACCUGGCGUGCAGAUCUACAACUACGUGAAGAUGGCCAUCAACCCGGACGUGACCGUCAAGAUGACGCGGUUUCAGGCUGCAAGCCACCGAGCGGUGGCGAUUGCCAUCCGCGGGUACGGGUACCUGGCAGCGCCGUGCAAGCUGCUGUGCGGUGUGGACGACCUGCGGCUCAUGUCAGACGACCUUGCUCGUCGAUGCCAACAGCUCUACUUCCAUAUGGGUGACGAUGAACAGGAGGAGAGUGCCAUUCACCUUGCCAGUUACAUUGACGCCAUUGCGCGUCUCAUCCAACAACUCGAGGAGUCUGGCGAUGUGUUCUUGCCCAUCUUGGAGCGGUUGAUUGUUCUGCUUCUUGAGGCCUACCCGUCCAUGUACAGAACGCAGCGGGCGAGUGUGCACUUGUCGCUGACGCGCUGCUUUGUCAGUCUGUACCACAAGGGAUCCACGCUGCAAACCUUCUUCGCCAAAGUCGCCAACCAUGUGUUUCUGAGCGCGUGUUCGCAGAGCAUUCGCGACACAGAGGACAUGGCAGAGGAUGCAGUGGCUCAGAGCUACCUCGCACUGCUGCGGCAGCUGCUCAAGGGGAGUGGGCUCGUUAAGAUCCCUGAUGAGGAGAUGACACACGAGGACAGGAACGCAAUGCUGCGCACGCUGUACGACGAGACGCUCAAGGCGUUCCUGCAUCUGAUCAACAAGCUCAACUUGACCACACACUCAUCCUCCGACGCAGAGGAUGAAGAUGUUGCCGUUGCAACGAGCGGCGUGAAGGAAGAGGAGCCGCACGAGGUGGACGACGUGUCCGAUCCCACCACGUCGCUGAUUGCAUCACGACCAAAAGAUAUCCAAGUCCUCAUUCACCUGGUGACGUUUGGCCAGGACCUGUUUUCCACCACCCGCACUGACCUCUUCCCUCGCUGGCUGCACAUCUACUACUCUGACAUUGUCACACGCUCCUCCAAGUACCCGCUGGUGAGCUCGCUGUACAAGCUGCUUGAGCUGGCCAACACCAUUGCCACGGAGCAGCGCUACUUCGAAGCAGCAUCCAAGACGGCAGAGACGGCUGCGGGGAACAUGCUCGAGGUGGCGGCAACGCUGGAGCUCAUGUCCAAGUUUGGCAAAGAGGUGAUGGUGCGCAGCAAGCAGUACAAGGACGAGCUGUUGUCUGCCUGCCUGACAUUUGUGCUGUCACUUCCCCUGCCGGUGGUCAAGCGCGACUUUGCCGUGUUCUUUCCCGCCGUCGAAACAGCGCUCUCCCUCGGGCUUGGGUUCUAUCCGCUGGCCGACGCCGGGCUGAGUGCGCUGGAGACGUGGCUGCCGCCAGCGCUCGCUGCUGGUCGGCCGUUUGCACAGCUCAUGCCGCUGCUGGACAAGUACCUCAGCGCCGCUGUUGCUGCGAGCGACAUUGACGUGGAGGAGGAGAUGAAGCUGCUCUCUCGCAGCAUCACCCGCAAGCGCGAGCAGGCCGCCGUGGUUGCCGUCGACAGCGACAACCCGUUUGCUGCCCUCAAGAUGCGCAUCCUGCGGCUGUUGGGCGCAAUGGGCGGACAGCACAACCACGAGCUCGCUGCUCUCGAGCACCAGGGCGCAGGUGGUGGCAGUGACGUUGGUGAGGGUGAGACGCCGCCGUGGGUAGCCUGGGACAUGACAAACCACCUCAAGUUUGCAGUUCCGUUCCAGGAGAUGAAGCCUGAGGUGCAGCUUGAUCCCAUGCUGCCGCGCAUUGUGGAGCUCGCCCUCCACUCCGGCGACCGCCAGACCAGGACGGCGGCGUGUGAGCUGCUGCACGCCAUGGUUCUGUACAUGUUGGGCCAGGGCGCGGGCUCCGGCACCCACGCUGCUGGCGAGGAUAACCUCUCGCCACUGUAUAGGCACGUUCUACCCGCGGUUCUGCGGCUGGCGUGCGACGUUGAUCUCGUGCCCAAGCAGCUGUUCAGCCCGCUGGUCAUGCAGAUCAUCCACUGGUUCAGCAGCAGCCGCACGGAGCGGGAGGAGGUGGUGCUGCUGUUGGACGCUAUCCUGACGGGCCUGGCCGACGCAAAGAACAGCGCCCUGCGCGACUUCUGCGCCACAUGUGUGAAGGAGUUUUACGUGUGGGCGUACAAGCACUCGACCGACAAGCUCUUGGAGACGGGUGGCCUGGUGAAGGUGCUGCUCAAACGCAUCAUGAGCAUGGCUGCACAUCCAAACGCCUUUCAGCGCAUGGGUGCCGCCCUGGCCAUGAACAACAUCUACACGCGCCUGCGCGAAUCGGACACGCUGGUGGACGUGUACGUGUGUGAGCUGACAGACGUGUUUAUGCGCAGCCUUCAGCUUGCGCAUCGCGAUGACCCGGCCAUGGGCACGGCCACACACACGGAGCGCGUCCUCACCAACCUCAGGCGCAUCAUCCUCAAGAAGGCUGACAAGUUCCGUCGGACGUCGCGCGUUCGCCGCAUUCCGCCCGGAUGGGAGACGUGCACGCUUGCCGAGAUGACCCGCUGGUCCCUCACACACGCGUGUGACCUCCACGCUGCUGUGCGGCACCAGGCCAUGGCCUUCUUCCUCCACCUCGCUCCCCUCGACACCGACCCGGAGACGGGCAAACCAUACGCCACUGCGCACGCGUGGGUGGCUGCGUUUGGGGCGCCGGCCCUGGUAGCGCUCGUCGAGCAAGGCAGCGCGCCGCAGCCGCUGCUGGGGGUUUCGGUGAAGCCGCUGGAGCACAGCCGGGCCAGCAUCCACGAGUGGCUGGAGCGGCUGCAGGCCACGCUCGAAGCGUACCAGCUCGUGCUGUCACACCGCCUGCUCACCCCGCGCGCGCUGCUUGUUGACUGCGAGAUGCUGCUGUGGGGCGCGCUGGCGCACUUCCUGAGCACGUUUCCGCGGCGGUCCGAACUCAAGCGCCACGACACGCCGGCCGAGGCAGCCGCAUACCGCUACCUCAAGUGCACCGUGAUGGUGCGCGUGCUUGACUUUGUGCGCACGGUGCUGCGUGUGGAUGCGUCUGCGCUGCCGACAAAGCUGUGGAGCGGCGAGUGCCUGGACUUUAUCUGCAAGGCCGUGCUCAUGCCCAUCAUGCUCGACUUUGACCCGAGCGACCCGGAGAUUGAGGAGAAGCUGCCAAAGAAGACCGGUGUGGUGCUGGCUUCGCUCUGUCUGUCUGGGGAGCCGCGCACAAACCUCGUGGCAGCCAUGCGCACCACGCUUGCGUCUGACGAGUGCGAUUUGCUACGCAUGGUGCGUGACGUGCUGCCUGGCCGGGACAUCCCCGCCCCGCUCAUCAAGAACGUGGUGUCUGGGGUGCAGCAGCUGCUGGCUGCGGACCUCCUCGACGAGUGCUUCUUCACAGACCGCGACGCAUUUGGCCGCGAGCUGUUUGCUGCGCUGUUUGAGUACAGCCACACCAGCACGCCGGAGCCGACGAACCUGGCAAUGGCCGGUCUCCUGGCAGACCUCGCCCUCUCGCUCAGCGUGCCCAAAUCGCAGCUGCUGGCCAUGCUGCGCGACGACACGCCGACGCCACAGGCGGGCCACUCCCUCUCCACCAUGCUCGCCUCUGCCAGCAAGAGCGCAACACAGACGACGCGCGGCGCGCUGUUCUACGACACGUACCGCACCGUGCUCGCGCCCUACAUUGCCCGCCACUUUAAGGUGUUUGCAGAGCAGCUGCUGCCGCACGUCGGGGACGGGCGCGUGUACCGCCUCGUACACGACGCCGCGCGCGCCCUGGUGACGGGUGACACUGAGAUGCGCCGCUAUGCUGACGAGUUCUUCACCGCAUUCCUCGACGGGUUUUUGCACGUGCGCACGUGGAUCAACAGCGCGGGCGCCGGCAGCGAGACACACGUGCAAGGCAUGCGGCUCGUCUCCGCUGUUGUGCGCUGCGGUGUGCGGCCAGAGACGGCCCAGCGUCACGCAAACUUUGAGCAGGUGCUGGAGGUGUACAAGCGGUUCCUUGAGGAUCGCGCCGUGGACAUGACCAGCAAGCGCGUGGCGCUGCAGCUGCUGGGCCCGCUGUGCAAAGGCACGCAGCACGUGCGCACGGAGUGUGCCGCCAGCCUCAACGCCUUCUGCCAGGCGUCGUUCCCGCUGCGGUCGCGGGAGUAUGCGGUGGACAGCACACAGCACCGCGAGUACAUUGCCGCGCUGGACGACAUUCUCGACGCGCUGGUGCUCUCCGGCAGUUUGGAGCUAUUGGAGGUGGUGGUGACCGUGCACCAGCGAGAGGACCGCACGCACGUGCACGAGGACCACAUCCAACGCAAGCUGCGCGAUUUCAUUGUGCAGGAGCACACGGACGCACCACAGGCCAUUGAGCUCAUGUUUCAAAUCUACCUGGCAGAGACAAACCCGCUGUUUGUGCGGCGCGGCGUUGCCCAGCGAGUGCUCGCCACGUUCCUACAGGCGUGCAAGUUGAGCAUGUGCAGUGCGUUUUACAUCAAGCGCCUGCCAGCCAUCAUGUCGCUCAUGUCACAGGACACCCCGCUCACGUCCACGCCAGCCAUUGUCAUCAAGAUGUGCACGUUCACGCUGAUUGACAUUCUCUUCCAGCGCCUCAACACCACUGAUCUCUACGGAAAAUCGGCGGUCAUCAACAAGACCUACUGCGAAGCAGCCGGGGAGCCCGUUAACGACAAAGGCAGCAACCUGACCACCAACACCUGCCGCGCUCUUCGUGACACGGUGACGGGGGAGGAGUCGCUUGUUGAGCUGCGACGACAGGCGAGCUGUGCCGCCUACAACGCGCUCACCACCGUCAUCUGCAAGACGCAGACGCAGGAAAAGUUCUACUCGGCAUUCUGCUUCAAGGAGGCAACGGGCAAGGUGCGUGAUUGUGUGUUCAAUCUUAUUGAUGAGAAGAGGAAAUACACGUUUACGACCGAGCUGCCUGCGGCCAUGAGUGUUCGCUCCAAAUGCGUGCUUGCCCUUCGAGAGGGUGAGGCCACCCCAUCCACCACCGCCGCUGCCACCGCUGCUGCGCGCAGGUACCUGCCCUCUCAGAUCCUUGCAGACUCAUCGCUGAGCCAGGAUGCGGCGCAGCUGGAGGCGCUGCGGCAGGGGGCCGAUGUUGGCGAGAGCCAGGCAGUGGAGGAUGCAUCAUCAUCAUCAUCAUCGCCGCCUUCAUCUGAUGGCCCCACUUUUGGUUUGGACAUGGAUGCAAGCGAAGACUCGCCCGGUGCGCCCAGCAACAUCCCCGUGUAUGUUGUGGAGGACAGCCAGAUGGAGAUGGACGAGCUCAACUCCCACGAAUCCAUGGUGUCGUUGAUGGGGCUGAUUCAGCGGAUACAGGCGGUGCAUGCGGAGAGCAAACCGCAGCGCAACGAGGAUGGCCUGAUCCUCCCAAGCUCAACCAUGCCAUCAUGGAUGUCAAACCUGCUCAAGUCGUUCGAGAGCACGUCCACGUCGCACAACGUGCGCCUGUUCAUCGCCAAGCUCAUCACAAACAUGCCUGACGCGUUUCAGCCGUGGUCGUCGCGCUGGCUGCGGCCCAUUAUGCUGCUCAUUCUCAAGUUCCAGGACGAGCCAGAGACGCCCGGGUUCAACUACUUUGUGACGGACCUGUGUCUGCUGCUGCUCACGUGGGCAGACACUGCGGUGCCGCAGGACGACAGCGAGAAGCGGCUGGCGCGCCAGCUGGUGCAGUUUCUCAUGGAGAACGCGCGCCACGAAACCACGGCCGUCUUCAAGAACAACGUCAACAUCAUCCGCCUCCUCCUCGAGCGGUGGAAGGAUGCUGUGCAAGACAAGGUCCCGUUCAAGGUGAUUGUGGACAACAUGAGCAGCCGGCAAAUGGCGUCCAAGGACAACUUGAGCGGCCUGCACCUGCUCAGUCUCAUCCUCGCCAAUGACAUGAUGCCGAGUGAGAGCGAUGUGGAGGAGGCAGGUCUCUCCAUGCGCUCUUUCUUCCAGAUCCUGGUGGCGAAUCUCAUGUUCAAGUCGAGGAGUGUCUAUCGCACUGCUGCAUUUGUCACAGGCAUGCUCCUCAGCCACUUCAAGUCAAAGGGCCGCGGCCGGCUCUUGGAUGAAUUGAUGAACGAGGUGGUUGCGCGGUUGGACCAGUUGAAGAAGGACGAUGAUGCAACGAGCAAGGAACGGCUGAUCACGUGCUUGCACGAGCUGUGCAACGUCAACACGGGCCAUCCUCCCGUUGUCGAUCACUUUGUUCAGCGUCUCCUCUUCUUGGCACCAUCCCUGCCCGGCCAAUUCAAGACGAUGGCGCUGGAGACGCUGCUGUGGCGCGCAGAGGACAUUCCCGAUCUCUUUAGGGAAUUGCAGGGCAAAGGCUUGCUGUCCCUCAUCAAGCACCACCACACAGAGACACAGGCCGUUGUGCUCUCCAUCCUGAAAGUGCUCCUGCACCACCUGAACGCUUCCAGCAUCAAACAGUUCCUCCCCUCCGUGACGGCCAACUGCUGCUCCCACGACGACUACACCGUCCGCGCCAUCGCAUACGACAUUCUCAUGGCCGUUUACGACCAGAAGCUCAGUCAUGAGCGCGGGGACGUGGUGCUGGCAGACGAUGAGACGGCGGCGCUGACCGAGAUUGCACAGCUCGCCCGCACGCACCUGCUGCUUGGGCUGCAGGACUCGAGCCCCAAGCUGCGGCAGUCCAUUGUCGCCUACUGGGACCAGGAGAAGCGCCUCGCACGCAACCCGGUUCAACGGUUUUAUGAUGGCCUGACGAGCUUGUAUGUGCCGGAGGCUGAGGAAGCGUAUCUGCAGUUUGUCACGAACGUGAUGCUACAGCUCACCAAGCACAGCCCAGACUACGACCGUGAGCUGUUUGCACGCCCACUCUCCAGCAGUACCUGGCGCAAUUAUCGCGUGGACGCGUCGUGGCGGCAGCGGAACGCGCACAUGACACCGCUUUUUGCGGCCACACAACAGUCGCAGGCCAGUGCGGGCGAGGGUGAGGGCGAAGAUGAGGACUUUAGCGGCGUGCGCGCAACGCAGGCGUCGCUGGCCUUCACGCCAACCAUGGCCUCUCUCACAGGCACCGCCGCCACCGCCGCCACCUUUGAACCGGGCGGCAUCUCCGGGCAGACGCUCACGCACACGCAGUACACGGCCGCGCAGCAGGUGCUGCUGUUUGAGCGCCGGCGCAAUCGCGGGGCGAACGUGAGCGUGGAUCCCUCGCUGGCAACACCACAACGUGCAGCGGAGCGACAGGCGCGCGAGGCGAGAGAGAUUCAGCGGCUCAGGCGCCGGUUUGUCAAGUCGAAGGACAAGCGGGCGCAGGCAGCCAUCUUCCACGCCAAGCGCAUGGCUGCACGCAAGCAAGAGGCAAGGCGGUUGAUUGAACUGAGGCGCAAGGCGCGUGCGGCCCAGGUCACGCUGUUUCGAUCAUACAGGACAGGCGAGCUCCCCGACAUCCAAAUCAAGCAGCGUGAACUGCUGCAGCCGUUGCAAGGCCUGGCCCAGCGCGACCCGCAGCUGGCUCGCAUGGUGUUUGAGUCGCUCUUCUACGGCGUGCUGCACGAACUCCCCGACAUCUUGUCUGAGCGCGACGCCGCCAACAUGAAGGCCGAGUACAACAAGGCCGUCAACGGCCUGCUGCAGGCGACGCGCAAGGGGUACACGCCCUUCAUCGCUGCGCUGCACAACCUCAUGCGGGCCUCGGAUCCGGCCAUCGUCAGCCCUAUGACGGUGAGUUUGACGAGCGCGGCUGGGCGAUCCUUCCACACGGGUGCGCUGCUGCUUGAGAGCACGCUGGCUGCGGCGGAGGAGGAAGCAGCAAUGCAGCCGUCCAAGCGAAGCAAGAUGCGCCGCGCCCGCAACGGUCUGACCGAUGACGAGAUUGAGCGGUGGAUUUAUCUCGGCCGGCUCUUCAAGGAACUCGGGGACUACGACACCCUCCACGGCAUCUUCUCAAACCAGGUGCUGUCGUUCGAGGCAACGCAGCGAGCGGCGCGGCUGGAGGCGGCGGGUCGCUUUGACGAAGCAGCGGAGGUAUACAAGGAGUGCAUGUUCAAGGAGGAGGACGAGGAAGAUGACGACGUGCCGGCAUGUGAAGUCGACCUGUGGGAAGAAACGCUCGCGGAGUGCAGCCUGCGCCUGUGCGACUGGGGUGAGUUGGAGAACAACACGCUCACGUGCAUCAACCCCGAUGUGGAGUAUGGCGAAGGCACGGAUCUGGCCGAGGUCAUUGACGCCAACAACAUCUGGGUGCAGCCGCGCCUCCUCCAGCGCCACCUCCCACACCUCAUCACCGUACGUCUUGAACUCGGCAUUUCCGCAGUCGUGUGUGCGUGUCUGCAGGCGUUUGUUGAAGCUGCCCGCCCGCACGACGACCGCUGGGCACACCUGCAGUACCACUUUGCCAUGGAGCUUGCCAUGCUGAGCGUGCUGCGUGAGGACUUUGAUCUUGCGCGCUAUCACCUUUCGCAGGCGCUGCAGCGGUUUCUGGACGACUGGACGACGCUCAGCCCGCUCAUGACGGAGACCCGCCGCGCGUCCCUCCAGCGGCUGCAAUGCAUGGUGGAGCUUCAAGAGUUCCUUGACUUUGUUGGGCAGGAGACGAACCUUGCCUCGGAGACGAGCGUGAACACGCUGCUGUCGUCGUGGUCCAAGCGAACGCCAACGCCAUACAAGGACCCCAUCCACGUGUGGGACGAGGUUACCAUCUUUCGCCGCGUCUACUUUUCAAAGAUCAUCCACGGCUGCUAUCGUCCACGCUACGGCGCAAAAGCAGCGGAGAUGUUGCAACAAGUUGAUCUCACAGAUUCUCGCGCCCCUUUGCCCGCACGCAUUCGCCGCCGCCUUGUUGUUGAGGAUGCUGAGCAGUGCCUGCGCAUGGCACAUCAGAGCAGCGAACAAGGACCGCUCAAGGUGGCGGAGAAGUACCACAAGAUCGUCCACCACAUCCUCAACACAUACACGUUUGAUGACGACACGCGUCUGGAUCUCAACCUGCAACAGGCACAUGGGUUGGUGGCGUACCACCUUCACGAGUUCAACCUCGGUGUUCGCGAGCAGAAACACUACUUCCGCGCGUUUGCCCGUGAUCUCGACCGCCUCAACAAGUGCAGCGCUGAUCUUCCGCCGUCAAAGUCGGGCGCACACUCGCUCUACAAGGCAGAGGUCUUGCUCAGCCUCGGCAAGAUUGUGCCGCUGUGCCCUGCAACGGACGAGAACAAAGUGCUGUGGGACCACAUCAUUGCAGAAGUGGAUGCGCCCGAUGCAACACGGGCCGGCGAGAAGUGCAUCGUGCGGGCGUUUGACGUGCUGCUUGAGACGGCCCAGCGUGCGCCCACAGACCCCAAGGCGCUCCCUGUCGGCUGGCGCAAGGUCCCGUCCAAGCGCCGCGCAGGGCAGUUUGCAUAUGUGUCUCCGUUUGGCGAUCGGGUGGGCAACGUGCCCUCGCACGCGCCAAAGUUCAAUAACAAGCCGCUGGAUGUCCUCUUCCCAUCGGCCACGGCCUAUGGAAGCGAAACGCUAAACGCGUUUGUGCGGCUUGCGGAGUUUUGCGCCGAUGUUCUGCAAGACAGGAUUGCCAUGCCCAAGGACAGCAUGGGCCGGGUCAAGCAAGUCUUUGUUGAAACGGCGCUCGCCGCCAUGCGGUCUGGAAACGUUCUGAUGCGCCAGUACUUUCCGCAGUUGCUCAAUCUUGGUGAGAGGCCCACGGACAGCGACCACCUGCAGCGCGUGCUGGCGAGCGCGACCACGUCCGUGCCCUGCUGGAUGUUCCUCAACUGGAUCCCACAGAUGCUCGCGAUUCUGGAUGCACCCGAGGCACCGGUCGUGCAGCAAGUGCUGAAGACGAUUGCGUCCUCGUACCCACAGGCGCUGUGUUUCCCCGUGAUGCUGAGCGAAGAGAAGCUCAAGUUUUCGGGCGCUGCUUCAAGCACGCAACGCACCUUCUUCACCAAUCUGGUGCGCAUGGUGACAACAGACCACCUGCGCCGCUUUGUGACGGAGCUCAAGUGCCUGACCAACCCCGUGAUGGCAUACAUGGAUUGGCUGGAGGAGCAGGAUCAAGCCAUCAAGAAGCGCGACCAAGACGCGCUGCUGACGGCGUUCAAGCACUUGAAGUCGGAACUCCUCGUCACAUCGUCCACGACUGCCUCUGAUCGUGAGGUCGGCUCUGCGUGGAAGGCGGCUGCAAAGAAGGCGUCGCGAAACUUCAUGGACCAGUUUGGCACGGACGGCAGCAAGCUCCUGCGUAUGGACGCAAAGGCCUACGCAAAGGUGAAGAAAGUGCUGAAGGCCAAGCUGCGGGAGUAUGACACCAAGAAGCCCCCACGCACGCUGAAGGAGUACUCACCCUGGCUGUCAAAGUACAGGUCGCCAGGCGCUGUGUUUGACAUUGAAAUCCCGGGACAAUACGGAGGCACAGAGAUGCCGAUUCCCGAAGAGCACGCGAAGAUUGAAGGCUUCGACGAGAAACUGCUCAUCAUGGCCUCCAUCCGCCGCCCAAUGCGCCUCACAUUCCGUGGAAGCGACGAGCGGGAGUAUCGGUUCCUGGUGAAGGCCGGCGAGGAUCUGCGAACAGAUGCGCGCAUGGAGCAGCUGUUUGCAGUGAUGAACCAGGCCCUGGCGGCCGACCCAGCCUGCGGCGAGCGCGGCCUCAGCCUCAGGACGUACAAUGUUGUGCCCAUGACCACUCGCAUCGGCAUGUUGGAGUGGGUGCCCAACUCGUGUGUGUUCAAGGAGAUGAUCAACCUGGGAAUGACGGACGCAGAGCGAGAGGAUGCAAAGAAGCGGAAGGCGACACAACUCCCACAGAACCACUUUUCCCAGUUUGCGAACCGUUUCUCGAAGGACCCCAGUCCACUCAAGAUGUACAGCAGCGUCAUGACCAAAGCAAAGCGUUCAGACAUUUCUCGCAGUUUCCUGGAGCGACAGGCGCUGGUCCGGCCCACACUGCUUCGCGACGCCCUCCUGCAUCUGUCCACAACACCAGAGGCAUACCUCACCACCCGCCAGCUGUUUGGGCGCACGCUCGCCACCAUGAACAUCUGCCAAUACAUUCUCGGCAUUGGCGACCGCCAUCUCAGCAACUCCAUGAUCGACCUUCGCACGGGAGGUGUUGUUGGCAUUGACUUUGGCCACAACUUUGGAUCAGCCACGCAGGAGCUGCCCAUCCCUGAAAUGAUUCCCUUCCGCUUCCACAACAGAGCGCGCCGUGUGUGUGUGUGUGUGUGUGUGUGUGUGUGUGUAUGCGCGUGUGAGUGUGUCUUGUUCCUUUCUUUCGCUGUGCGAGCUGUAUCUAUGUCUUCAACUUAUGAUGUCGCUCUCACCCUUCCUAUCCUCCCCCCCCCCACCAUUAUAUUUGCCAACAACUGCGCAGGCAACUCGAGGCAGUGUUCCUGCCGCACAAGAAGGAAGGACUGGUACAGGAAGUCAUGGUGCACGUCUAUUGCCGUCGCCAAACGCAAGCUCGCUGGUGACAACCCAGCGCACAUCCUCAUCUCGGAGCUAGAGUCGAACCGCCACGUCACGAGCGACCGCUCCUGGCACCGCAAGGCCAAGGACAUCAUCGCCGGCGACGCCCAAUCAAACAUCAGGGCGACGAUGCCUGAGCACGGCCUCUCUGUUGAGGACCAGGUGCGCUGCUUGCUGGAUCAAGCAACAGACCCCUGCAUCCUCGGCGUCACCUGGGCAGGGUGGGAGCCGUGGAAGUGACACGUACUGUUGUUGUUGAUGAUCAUUGUUGCCAUGGCCGCUCCUGUGGGUGUUUUCUUGAUUGCUCUGCUUUAUUUGUGCGUUUCCUGAGCGUUUUCGUUUGUUCCCACGUUGGCUUCCAGUCACAGUCAUGUCACAUCUUCCCUUCAGUACUUGCUUGCCACCUCUUAUCACCCCAUGUCUCCACACACUCUCUCCCUCGCACACACGAUCGCUGCUUCGUGAACUGCUGCUGGUGCAUACCCGAGAGCUAAACGUUCAUUGUUGCCAAUCAAUCAGAACCGAGAAAGCAAA